UGUUCCUAAACGGUGAGUGCGCAUUAACUACAAGUACUUACUUACUGCUAAUCACUGGAACCUCCCAGUACUUAUCCUCCAAACGAGCCAUGGACUGGAGGGUGCUCCGAUUCCUUAUAUGUAUAUCCACGCUCUCAAAGUCACGGUCAGGCGAUAUCAUCGAGAUUCGCAGUACUCCCGGUCUGCAAGUCAGGUCUCUCAAACAACUACCUUGUUACUAAACGACCUUUCAUAUUGCAUUGUAGUCUGAUUCCUCCGCAUACAAUGUUAUU